AUGGACACGACCGUCACGGCCAUCCAUCCUCCCCACGUCGCCCUCGACCCGACAGGCCCAGCCAUGGCCACAUGGCAGACGGUUCUCUGGCAGACAGCCGUCAUCCUCUGGGCUGUCUGCGCCUUUCCCCUGAAAAUCGUCUGGUCGCUCCUCUCCAAGGUCACUGCCGUCGCCCUGUUCCUGCUGUCGCCAGUCACCCUCGUCUUCUCCUACGCCUGGUCGUGGGUUGGCUGCGGCGCUCUCGUUGGUCUCGUCGCCGGUCUCUUCAUGGUCCUGGCCUCCGGCGUCAUCACGUCGGCCCUCGGCAUGCGGGACGACACGCGCGCACGCAGGUCAGACUACUAUGACGAGCUCGUGCGGCCCGUCACGCCGGCCAAGACCGAGUACUCGUCCUCGGGCGAGACGGACUGGCAUCUCCUCGAGGAAUUGCCCCCCAAGCGAAGGAGACGCACGGCCGGCUUGGUCGCCCAGACGAUUCACGAGGAAGAAAGCAACGAUUCAGAUUUGUGA